AUGUCGUGGCAGAAGCACGCACUCGACUUUGGUAUGAAAGCACCUACGAUGGAGAAUAUGGUCAUGCGCGUCAUCCACACGGUCCAAUCUGUCUCGUAUGAGCAUUUCGUCAACGUGCCAACGAUGACGGAAAUUUGCGACAAAGGCUGUGUGUUCCGUUCGUACCCGUACGCGAAUUAUGCUACUGACGUGAAGUUCCAGCCAACAAACCGUCCGUCAGGAAGAUUUGGUGAGCAGAAGCACUACUUUAGCGGUAAGCACAAAUUGUACGGCCUUAAGAUUGACGCGUCGGUCUCACCUGAAGGCCUUUUGGUCGACAUGAGUUCUCACGAACCGGGGUCUGUAUCGGACAUCACGAUGUUUCGCGAUCGCCUUAAUGCCCACUUUGCAGCCCUACAAAAGUCUGGCAAUGAGUCACUGAUCAAUGACAACGGGGAACUGUUCCAAGACUUCCCUUCGUCGUGGGCUGUGCUGGUUGACAAGGGUUAUUGUCGCCUAACAUCGUCCGCCCGAGCAACCCAGCCAAAGAAGCGACCAACAAACGGCACCCUCGGCCGUACAGACCUCGACCGCAACGCCAACAUCUCCUCCGACCGAGUUAUCGUGGAGAACGUUUUUGGACGUGUUUGCCUUCUCUGGAAGAUAUCCUACGCAACGUACGUGUGGGGAACCAAGAGUUAUGAUGCAAUCCAGCGUCUUACCUUUUCUUUGACCAACUUCCAUCAUGCACUGAUGCCACUACGUCAAGAUGAUCAGCAUCAGUACCGCGCUGUGUUGGCUCGUUACCGUCGCAUGGUCGAAGAGAACAACACCAAUUCGCCGCACUGA